CACGACAACCAUCGGCCCGGGCCGGGACUGGCCGGUGCACAGGCGCGGUGGACCCUGGACAGGCUGUACUGAAAUGCAGCGUUGUCGAGCAUCUCUCCCGCAGCUACGACAUGGUGCACUUUGGUCACGCCAACUCGCUACGUCAGGCCAAAGCCAUGGGCGACUACCUGAUGGUGGGGGUGCACAGUGACGCCGAGGUCACCGAGCACAAGGGGCCGCCCGUGUUCACCGAGGAGGAACGGUACAAAAUGGUACGCGCCAUCAAAUGGGUGGACGAGGUAGUGGAAGCCGCCCCUUAUGUUACAACACUGGAGACACUGGACAAGUACGGGUGUGACUUCUGCGUACACGGAGAUGACAUUACGAUGACUGCCGAGGGGGUCGAUACCUACCAUAUCGUCAAGGCGGCCAACCGAUACAAGGAGUGUCAGCGCACGCGGGGUGUCUCCACCACCGACCUGGUCGGACGGAUGCUGCUCAUGACCCGGACCCACUUCAAGACUGGCAAGGACGAGUACUCUGUUGGUCUGCCGCCGGAGCCGUCCCUGGAGCACGGCGCCACGGCACACAGUCCGUGGACGGGCGUCACUCAGUUCCUGCCCACCACGCGGCAGCUGAUCCAGUUCUCGUCCGGACGGGCGCCCAAGCCCGGUGACCGUGUGGUGUACGUGGCCGGCGCGUUUGACCUGUUCCACGUCGGUCACCUGGACUUUCUGGAGAAGGCGGCGGCCGAGGGCGACUUUCUGAUCGUUGGACUCCACACGGACCCCAUUGUGAACCGCUACAAGGGCUACAACUACCCGAUCAUGAACCUGCACGAGCGGACGCUCUCUGUUCUGGCGUGCCGCUACGUGGGGGAGGUGGUGAUCGGCGCCCCGUACGCGGUCACCGCUGAGCUGAUGGACCAUUUCCGGGUGGAUGUGGUGUGUCACGGCCACACGCCGGUGGCAGAGGAUGUCGACGGAUCAGAUCCCUACUUGGAACCGAAGAGACGCGGCAAGUUCAAAUCUCCGGUGUCUGGAAAUGACAUGACCACGCAGAAGAUUGUGGAGAGAAUCAUCGAGCACAGGAUGGAGUUCAUGCUACGAAACCAGAAGAAGGAAAAGAAGGAGCUGGCUGCCUACGAGGCGUUCGAAAAGUCUAAACAGGCGGAGCGCGCGGACCACGCGGGUGACCAGUGAUGGAGCCUGGGGGAUGGGAUGGAGCGGAGGGGGAGGGGUGUCAUACCGGCGGGUCCUGUGACUUGUGAGAGUGUCGAGAUUUGAUUGUGUGCUUAUGUAGUUAUAUUCGAUUGAAAAUAUGUAUUAUAUCUAUUUUAACCGGGUAUUUAAAACGAUCACCACCGUAAUUCAGGCGUAGUUCGGGUUUUAUUCGAUUGAAAUAUCUAUUAUAUCCAUUAAAUGACCGCGUAUUUAAAACGUUCAGCACCGUUAUUCAGUCAUGGUAGCUCGAGUUUCAUCUACUCGGGUUUAACGCCUCGGACGACAAAAUCAGUUGAUAUGGGAUGCGGGAUGAUACGAUAGCCAGUUGGUGCCAGUAUUUUAACUGUUUGCUCAGUUUUAAUUAUUAUUAGGGCUCAAUUGAUUAACUAUUUAACGUCAUAAGUCAGUUAUGUCAAAAAGCCUUUAGUUGCACUGAGUUGGUCUAGGGGUUUGUGUUCUUUACGAGGAAUCUUCAUAGUAUGUACAAUGUUCAUUCUCCGUAAGGAUAGGUGAUAUAUCUUAUUCUUCGACAAUAUGGCCAUCUGUGCUGGAUAGCCCCAAAAGCGGGUUUCGUGAGGCCAAGCGAAAGGAAAUGCACCCAGCAUUCACGGAUAAUGCACCCAUGCUAUUCUAGGCCGAAAGCAGUUAUUCCAGCUAUCACUGAAGAGCCUGUGUUUUAAUUACAGCGUGUAUGUAUUUUGAAUGGGUAGAUGGCUGGCUAGUCGGUGUCUCAAUUCAGGAAACCAGAGCUUUUUACAGUUUCAUAUGGGUCGAAUGUGUAAGCCAUUUAGUUAUCUGUUUUGGGCGGGACCUGUUGAGAUUUUCCGAUAUUUCGCUAUGUUGGCGGCGCGCAGCCUUUAUUGUUAGUGUGAUUAUUUAUCCCCGGGAGAUGUUUGUGGACUGCGGCAACCAGUCCAGUGUCUAUUCAUUGCUCAUUCGAGAGAGAACGCUGAUCGGUGAAAUGUGCGGUUAGCUGUAUGGUUUAAUAAAAUAUAGCAGCAGA